AUGGCACCACCUGGUGGUGGUGGUGGUGGUGGUGGUAGUGGUGCUGCCGGAGCAGGCACCGCGAAGGGGAAGACCGUGAAGGCUGGAACAGGGCACGAUUGUGAUGCAGACAGAGCACGGCCGCGGCGGAGUAACGCCGUGUAUGUGGUCACCCCACGUGAUGAUAAUGAAUGGAACAAGUGGAAGACAGUGUUGGAAAAUUUUAAGAAAUAUAUGGAUGAACACACAGACCUAGCGGCUGAGUAUGGCGCAAACUGUGAUAAUAGUGGUUGGGAUGAUGUAAAGGACCAGCGGCAUUAUUACAAGGGACAAACAGUAGCAGAUGUCGUACGGUGCAGAGUUAUGAGUGUUGCAUGGGCCUUCGCAAACAGGUGGGAUAUGCCUGGGACUAAGACGAACACGGACGACACGCAGCAAAUGGACCCAGAAGAAGAGAAUAUGUUAAGGUGCGAAGUAGCAAAUACAUUUGGACACUUACUGCAGACCAAAUAUUGUCCGGGACAGAAUCAGUGGAUAAGAGGUGUAGAGUAUUCACGCAUAGCAUUCACGAAAAUGAACAGCUCCGGGCAAGAUGGAGUGGGAGAAAUCAAAGGUCCCGUUAUAGACGGCACGUGUACUGCAUGUGGGUACAAGGGCCAUGAGAGGCUAUCGAAAGCCAUAAAUUGGAACUUAGUAGACUGGUUAUUGUACGACGCGAAAAUAUUGGACGCCAUCCAGAAUAUAGAAGGCGGCACGCACUGUCAUAUGAAGUGGGCGGAUUAUACAAAAGACAAGAUGAAGGAGCAUGAUACGACACGGGUGGACGAAGAGAAAAUCAAUGAUAUAAAAGAAGUGGAGAAGAACGUAGUGGACGCAGCAACAAAGGCAAUUGAGAAGGUAAAGGCAGCAGUAGAAGAGGAAAUUCAGCAAAAGCAAAACGAAGGCACGCAACCGGCAGAAGCAGGAGGAGGAGACCACAAAGGGCAGAAGCCGUCGUCACCAUCACCAGAAGGAACAUCAGGACCAGCAACAUCUUCGGCACAACCACGAUCAGAUGGCUCAGCAGCAGAGAACGGGGUCACAUCGGCACCAGUACCCAUACCACAAGCCCCACCUGCGGCACCACCGCGCGCAGAGGGGACAGGUGGGAAACCUGGAAGUAAGAAGCCAGAGGAAGGUGAGUUAGACUGCGAAAACGAGGAUUCCAGUGGUGUGCCUGCAGGAACAGAAACCCAUGCCGGGUCUAGUGUGCAGCGUCCCCGGAACCUCGCCCUGCUGGUAAUGCUCUGCGCCGUGCACACUGGUAAGGAUGGUGCAAAUGGUCCAGGCUCGUCAGGAUCCCCAUCUGCACCCGCAGAAGCAGCACCGACAGCAUCAGAACAAGUCCCAGCAGCAUCGGACCCAACAUCAUCAUCAACAGGAACAGAAACAACAUCAAACGCAACACCAGGGGCCGGUAACACCGUGCCCGCCGUCGAUGGCGGUAACGAGGACCCCCCUCCUCUCAAUCCACCCAAACCAAAACCGAACCCGAACCCAGAUCAAUCGGGUAGUAGUGGUGGCGAAGGAAAAGGAGGUGGUGAUGUGGCGGAUGGCGUUUCUGGUGGGGAAGGAAAAGAAGGUGGUGAUGGUACUACCCAAGGCAGUGGAGGAGGUCAAUCCUCUGGUACUGGUUCUACUGGUCCCCAAAACCCUGGUUCCUCAGGACCCGGAUCCGACCCUUCCACGCAACCCAAUAACGCACAGGGUACGGGUUCUCAGCCUACAGGUCCAAAUGGUGGCUUUGGACUAUCCUUGGACCGUGCACCAGCCGUAGGUACCAUAGGAGACGGAUAUGCACCAGCGACUCCCACAGAAAACACAUCGGGCCAUGGGGAUAUGAACUCGGGUGGCGGUCCUGAUGCACCCGACCUAACCGGCACCGUCCUGACCGCCACUACUCCCAUCCUGUUUUUUCUCACUUCCGUCAUCGUCGCCCAUCUUGGUUAUUCCCUUUGGAAAGUAAGUACAGCCACAAGGCGCGCACACACACACACCACGCACGCACAAAUAUAA